AAAUGCAUGCAGGGAAUAUGGAAAAAAUUGCUGAGUUAUGUGAACACGCUCCAAGCAUUUGAUCAGGAUAGUAUGAUGGAAAAGACUAGUGGAAAAACCGUCCAUAUGGCAAGAAUGCUGAAUUUAGAACUUGAUAUUGCCGAUGUGGAACAGCUCAUAGAUCAUGAAGGAGGGGAACUGAUAGAUCAGGACUUAAUGAAUUUUGAAGAGGAAAGGAAUGCUGAAGAAGAAAGAAACAAUGUGGAAGAAGGAGAGAUGUCGAAAAAAUUUUCAGUGAAAUGAUCAGCUGGAGUUUUUUUCUAAACUAAACCAGGGGCUUCAGUUGCCUGAAAGCAUGGACCCAUACACUGACAGCUUUGCUAAAGUCUAUAGGCAGAUUCAGGAAGCAGUGAGAUGUUACCGUGAAAUACAUGAAGGGGGAAAAAAAGACACAUAAAAGAACCAUACAGACAGCUCUCCCUGCUUUUCUGACUUUCAGAAACGCGAUUCCCAGAGAUAAUCCAGAUGAUCCAGAACCUUCCACAAGAGGAGUUAUCACUGCAACUGACAAAAUGCCGACGUUGUCCAACUCUUCAUCGCCAGAACACCAGCGAACUGAAGAUGAUCCUUCAAGAGCUGAAGUACAGAAUUGGCAUUCAGUCGGCGAAGUUACUUCGGCAACUGAAGCAAAAAGAUAGGCUUCUGCAUAAAGUGCAGAAGAACUGCGAUAUCAUGACUGCGUGCUUGCAGGCGGUGUCACAGAAGAGAAGAGUUGACACAAAGUUGAAGUUUACUCUUGAGCCAUCUUUAGGUCAAAAUGGUUUUCAGCAGUGGUAUGAUGCUCUCAAAGCAGUUGCCAGACUAUCAACAGGAAUACCAAAGGAAUGGAGGAGAAAGGUUUGGUUGACCUUGGCAGAUCAUUAUUUGCACAGUAUAGCCAUUGAUUGGGACAAAACCAUGCGCUUCACGUUCAAUGAAAGGAGUAAUCCUGAUGAUGACUCGAUGGGAAUUCAGAUAGUCAAGGAUCUUCACCGCACAGGCUGCAGUUCUUACUGUGGUCAGGAGGCUGAGCAAGACAGAGUUGUCUUGAAGCGGGUCCUUCUGGCCUAUGCCCGAUGGAACAAGAAUGUUGGCUACUGCCAAGGCUUUAACAUCCUGGCUGCGCUAAUUCUGGAAGUGAUGGAAGGCAAUGAAGGUGAUGCGCUCAAAAUUAUGAUUUACCUUAUUGAUAAGGUACUUCCUGAAAGCUAUUUUGUCAAUAAUCUCCGGGCACUGUCUGUGGAUAUGGCUGUCUUCAGAGACCUCUUGAGAAUGAAGCUCCCUGAAUUAUCUCAGCACUUGGAUACUCUUCAGAGAACUGCAAACAAAGAAAGUGGAGGUGGAUAUGAGCCCCCACUUACGAAUGUCUUCACGAUGCAGUGGUUCCUGACUCUCUUUGCUACGUGCCUCCCUAAUCACACCGUUUUAAAGAUCUGGGAUUCAGUCUUCUUUGAAGGUUCUGAAAUCAUCCUAAGGGUGUCACUGGCUAUCUGGGCAAAACUGGAAGAGCACAUAGAGUGUUGUGAAACAGCAGAUGAAUUCUACAGCACCAUGGGGCGCCUUACCCAGGAAAUGCUAGAGAAUGAUCUUCUGGAAAGCCAUGAGCUCAUGCAGACUGUUUAUUCUAUGGAUCCUUUCCCUUUCCCACAGUUGGCAGAGUUAAGGGAAAAAUACACCUACAACAUUACACCAUUCCCAGCCACAGCCACAGUAAAAGCCACCUCAGUUUCUGGGCGACACGGUAAGCUCAGAGACAGUGAUGAAGAGAAUGACCCGGAUGAUGAAGAUGCUAUUGCUAAUGCAGUGGGAUGCCUUGGACCUUUCAGUGGGCUCCUGGUGCCUGAGCUGCAGAAGUACCAAAAGCAAAUUAAAGAGCCGAGUGAGGAGCAGAGUCUGAGAUCUAAUAACAUUGCAGAGCUGAGUCCUGGAGCAAUCAAUUCCUGUCGAAGUGAAUACCACGCAGCUUUUAACAGUAUGAUGAUGGAACGCAUGACCACCGAUAUCAACGCACUGAAGAGGCAGUACUCUCGGAUUAAAAAGAAGCAACAGCAGCAGGUUCAUCAGGUGUAUAUCAGGGCAGGCUCUAAAGAAGAAAAAGACCAUGGGUUCUUUUUAGGUCCCAAGGACCAGACAACUGAUGACAAAGGGCCAGUGACCAACCUCCUCCCAUCUCAGGUAAACAACUCUCCAGUUAUAAACCACCUUCUUUUAGGAAAGAAGAUGAAGAUGACUAACAGAGCUGCCAAGAAUGCUGUCAUCCACGUCCCUGGUCACACAGGAGGCAAACUUUCUCCUGUCUCCUAUGAAGACCUUAAGACAAAGCUCAACUCCCCAUGGCGAACUCACAUCCGAGUCCACAAAAAGACCAUGACGAAGACCAAGAGCCAGUUGGGUUGUGGGGACACCAUCGGGCUGAUAGAAGAGCAGAAUGAGGGCUGCAAACCUAGCAGCCUGGAGGCAGCAGAGGCAUUUUCCUCCAGGGAGACAGCAGCGACAGCUCAGAGAGAAGACAGCAGCUCAGAGGGCAGCACUGGGAGGACAAUUGAAGGGCAGUCCCCAGAGCCCAUGUUUGGGGAUGCUGACACCAGUGUAUCUGAAGUUCAGGUGAAGUUAGAAGCCUUGGAACUGAACCAAAGGGAUGCUGCUGUUGAAACUGAGCCCAAGGUGUACCCGCCUGGCCGGCGGUACUUCCCAGAGCCGCUUGACGCACCUGGAGAAAACAAAGCCACCAGCAAACCUCCCCAGGGCAGCAACCCGAAAACUCCCAUCUUCAGUCCCUUUCCCAGUGUCAAGCCACUCCGGAAGUCGGCCACCGCCAGGAAUUUGGGAUUAUAUGGUCCCACGGAAAGAACACCAACGGUACACUUCCCUCAGAUGAGCAGGAGCUUCAGCAAACCUGGCGGUGGAAAUGGUGGUAGUAAGAAACGAUGAUGUCUUCCAGGAACUUUGUCUUUGAUACACCUUUUUAUGGUGGUGUAAGGGCUCCAGCUGCACGGAUCCAAACAAGUCUGAAUUGUCCUAUGAAAUCAAAUAGACAGGUUCAGAGCUGAGCGACUGUCCAUAAAAUGGCAAUGGAAAGUUUUAUAAUGGGAGCUGGAAUAGAGGUGUUUUCCCACGGGGCAGUUAGUGACAUCCACUUGAGAACCGAGGAAGUGGAUUUUAACAGCAAAAUAAAUAUUGUGAUUUUAAAGUGUAAAGUGUUUCCAUUUUUCAUUGUGAGCUGUUUAGAGAAGACUAUGUAUCUAGACUGUUAAACCCUCUUCUUCCUGUUCUGUGGGCCUUCAGGAUCCCUGUGACAGCGCCCCCCUCCCCAAACCAUUCCAAUUCUCUGAGCGUUUUUAAUACUCAAGCCUGCACACACUAGCUUGGGAGAACAGAAACUGUCAAAAGAAAGUAAGUUAUUAGUUGCAAAAAAAGUGCAAAUUUCCCUCUUUCUGCUCUACUGAGGGCAUGUUGGUGACUGUGAGUUUUCUUUCAACCAGUCUUAAAUUGUUUUUUAAUCUUAUGAUAAAAUGCAGGAGGAGGAUCUAGAUAGCUUUCUUUAACUUUCUAUUUCUACCUGGGAAAUGAAGAAAACCUUUAAUCUGUUGAGAUUUAGGUUGAUAACCAACUUGAAGAUCUUAUACAGCGAACAGACGUGGAUAUGCAUUAAGCAAUUGCUCGGAAGAGCCUGCUAGUUCCAGUAAGCUGCUCCCAAGGUUCCUUUUCUCCUCUCCAGGCGAACUUUGGUCCCCAGUGCUGUGGAUGACUUGAUGGGCUCCACUGGAGCUCCUGCUUCUCCGCCACGCAGCUCUCUAACCUAUGUGCUCUCCACAGCAGACACGGCAAGGCCUCUACUCUCUUAAGAGCCUGCAGCUUAAAUGCCAGAACACAAGCACCCCUGACUGUUACUUGAAUUUUGUGCUUUUUUUGGAGUACCUUGUUGAGUUCUUUGUUACUUGAACACUGCCUUUCUCCAGAAAAGGCCCCGGUACUUUCUAGCUCUCUCUCACCCACUCCUCUCCGGUUCCAGUGGGUCAGAGGCAGCCCAUUCUCUCCACUAUGCAGAUGGGAACUCUGAGAACACAGAGAUGAAGUAACACUUCAGCUACUCAAGGUAAAUACCCCUGUAUUUCAUGUGACUUAGCCACAUGUUCUUCAAUACAAUAGUCCAGCUUAAUGCUCUUUGUACAAAGAUGCGUUGGCUACAUAGGUCAUAAAAAACCAAGACUGGAAAGCCGUUCCCUACAUUCCCUCCUGACUCAAAGGACUUUUCUCUGAAUGGUACAGAGCCGUGGCAUGGCGUGUCACAAAAUCAGCCCUGACCUUUUUAUCCUGAAAAUGUAGUUCAAUUUUUUAGUGCUCCAUGCAGCUGCUAUUUGGUUGAACAAAAGCCUCACUCCCCAGCCCCCCUCUUCCCACCAUCGUCAAAAGAGUAGACUCAGCAUCUUUAUCCUCAUCUCUGGAAGACCUUGGAGAUGCUUGCAGGAAUAUUGUUGAUGCAAUCAAUGUUAAUUUGACCUAACUGGAUUGCUAAUUCUGAAACUGAAGCUAUAGUUUUACAGAGGGCAUUUAUUAUGAGAAGUACUAAUUUUUAUAAUAAAAUGGAGAAUGUAAUUAUGUGGGCUUUUUGCACACAAAACACAAGAAUGGCCUACACAAUGGGAAAAGCAAAUUUUAUCCCCUUCGUGGUAUUUUUACCCCCAAGUGAACUGAAGGUGGAAAAUAUGACUAAUAAGUGAUUGUAGUUUUGAUCAUGGAUUCUGUUACAUCUGAAGUUAGCCUGCAGCUUAGCUUCUUAAAAAGCAAUCGUGCCCACAGUGCGAGUCUUAGAAAGGGCGUGGGUGGAGAGUUGGGCUUACAUUGCCUACCACCCCCAGGGGAAGAGACUGACUGCUUUUUCCAAAGUGAAACCAAUGACACGUUUUUCUUCCAUCUGCUAAACUUUACAGAUAGGAAUGAUUCCAUCUCAUAUUAUUCUCUCCUCCUCCAUCCCAAGUGAGUCAGAAUAGUCAUGCUUCCCUUGAGUUAAGUCUGAUUGAAUAGAGAAUUGCUCUUUCUCUCUCGAGUCAGCUCACUAGCACCCUAAUGCCCUGGGUUCCAGGAGGUGGGUGAUGAGGUGGAGGCAGCAUACUAUGAGUCUUUAGGAUUGGGCCAUUGCUGUGUACCAACUGUCUUGAUGUUAAUAGUCCAUACUGUGCCCCAUAAAGAAUCUCCUUUCACCCAUUUCCUGGUGUUGGUCUUUCUGGGAGGGGCAUGGAUUAGACGGUAUAAAGUUUUGGAUAAGGAUUUGUUGAAUGAAUAAGUAACUGGAAGGAUAAUAGUCCUUUGAGGUAAAAUGACCUUUAAAUGGCCGUUAAAGCACUCUUCUGUACCAAUAACAUGCAUGCAUUGUACCAAGUAAUCACAAUGUGAAUUGGUCAAUUUAUGAGCCUUGCCUACUUUAGAAAAUAAAGAAAUCUGCAGUAGCCUCUACCACACAGCAUGUACAAAGACCAGUAAUGACUUGUGAUCUUCCCUAUGUACUGGACACUGUAUGCAAGCACUGGCAGUACUUAACAAGUAGUGGUUUAUUUUUAGACAGUCUGUACCCUCUCAACCCUUAUGCUGGGAGUCGACUCAUUCCGAUGCCUCUGCACCUCAGUUCUCUUACAAAUGCCUACAGGUGAUCUAAACCUAGUUUGUAAUGUUGAUCUAUGGGCUGUAACUGUUUCAAACAUUGUAUUCCUUAUUUUUUGUCUCUCUUGUUGUUCUGAAAAGUUGUAUUGAUUAUGAAGAUAUAUGCAAAAAAGAUUCUCACUGUUGUAUCUGGGUGCCAUUUUCUGAGCACAAGCUUAGAACGCUCUUGUUACAUUCCCCUCCCUCUUCUAUUCUGUCUUUAGCACCCACCCCUUGGUCAUGGUGAACCAGGGACGCAGCUCAAUAAACCCAUCUUACCCAAUCUAGUCACUGGAUUGCAGAGUGACCUGUGACCGGGCAUAGCUGGUUCAUAAAUGCCAUUAAGCAGAGAGUUUACCUAAAUGUGUAUGUGUGUGUGUAUGUGUGUGUAAGUAUAAAAUUAACCUUUACAUUUGUCAUUUUCGUUUGUUUUGUUUUAAUAAAAUAGGACAAUAAGAAUGCAAUUUAGCUUUCUGGUCUUACGGAUUCUAGUUGAAUAGGGAUGUGAUCAAGUACACAGCUGCUCCCAUCUCCCCUCAUAAAACCUCUCUUUACUCUGUUUCCAAGCCAAUUUCUUUGCUGCCUACAACAGACAUUUGAGGCAGCAUUUAAAAUAUAUUAUUUUUCCUAAUUAGAA